ACCACUAGAUGGCGACAAAUAGAGACUUCCAUGCCUUCAUGAAAUGUGAUGGUGUGUUUGAUUAUUCCGCACACCAUCAUUACACUGUAGUCUUGCAUAACAAUCAUGACAGCCAAACGGGUUUAAGACGCAUCGCAGACUCAAGAAUUACUCUAUGUAAGAUGAAUGCUGAGGACAAGUUGGAGGGUAUGCUGCUGAAGUGCAGCAGUGGAGGAAUAGAUGGAGGAGGGAGAGUCGGGCUGGCAGGCGGAGGAGGACUGGUGGUGAUGACCCUGGGGGAACGAUCGCUGGCGAACCAUCCUCUCUUGGCUGAGGACGAUGAUGAUGAAGACGACGACGAGGACUUGACCGGGAGCUCGCUGGUUACUCAUGACCUGGUUCCUCCGGAGCAGCUGAUGAUGCAGGAGGAGAUGACAAAGACUGGUGCAGGAGAGGAGGAGGGAGGAGGCGAGUUGACCAUCAAGCAGGAACUGAAGCUGUCUGAGCCAGCAGUCCAGAUAAAGAAGGACAAAAAAGCAGUUAAGGACCUGAUGAUGUGUCCCAAGAAGAAGAAGAGGAAGCAGCGAUCACCAGCAAAGAUUCUCAGCAUCAAUGAUGAUGGAUCAUUGGGCAUACAAAACCCCAAGUGUCACAUCUGUGUUCACUGUAAUGCUGCAUUCAGAACCAACUAUCAUCUGCAGAGGCAUGUCUUCAUUCACACUGGUGAGAAGCCAUUUCAGUGCAGCCAGUGUGACAUGCGCUUCAUUCAGAAAUAUCUUCUCCAGAGACAUGAGAAGAUCCAUACUGGUGAAAAGCCUUUUCGCUGUGAUGAGUGUGGGAUGAGAUUCAUCCAGAAGUAUCACAUGGAGAGACACAAGAGGACUCACAGUGGAGAGAAGCCAUACCAGUGUGACUACUGUCACCAGUACUUCUCUAGAACAGACCGGGUUUUAAAGCACAGACGAAUGUGUCACGAGAACAGGGAGAGAAAGACCAACAAGGCUGCUGGUAAAGUUGGACCUUUGCUUGAGGCAGAUUCUUUAGGUCACCCCUUUCUUGCCAAAGAGUGUGCACUGCCCAAGAAAAAACGCCAGAAGUGUGCAGACAAGAGUUUAGGACACUCCACCAAUGCUCAGACAGAGGGGCACACUGUCGCUGUAGUAGAAACAGAGGAGAAGGAGGAGCAGAGACAGAAUAAAAUUGAAGGUCUACCUCUCUAUGCUGUGUCCUCCAAAGUCAAACAUGAGUAUGUGAUCACUGAUUACUCUGUGGAACUUCCUGAAGAGACAAGUAGCCAAGACCAAGAAGGAGAUGUAUCAUCUGAGGAGACAACUCCUCCUAAACUAGUCCUGAAGAAGGUCCCCAAGAGGAGUCUUAAACAGUCCAGGGAACAAACUCCUCCCUGCCUGUCCACUUUGUCUUCCUUUGAAGAAAAUAGUAAAGUCACACAGUACACCUUUGAGAUUGUGGACAAGCAAGGCCUGUUAGAAGUGGAGAGCAACACUGAACUCGAGUCAGUUGAAACUCUUCAAGGAGGAUCAACAAAGCCAGCAGCCAGCAGCACAAACUAUGACGACGCCAUGCAGUUUCUCAAGAAGAAACGUUACCUUCAAGCUGCGAUGGCCAACAACAGCCGGGAUUAUGGCCUGAACACGAGCAGCAUCUCCUCUCAGCCGUCUGUUACACAAACUGUGGUGUCAACUGUUAUUGACGAAACUGUCCCUGCCACCAUUUUGGAGCCCCAGCCAAUCAGCACAGAGAUUAAGGCAACUCAUGACAAGAAUGUGCUACCAGAUGAGGUUCUUCAGACGCUUUUGGAUCACUACUCCAACAAAGCUAACGGGCAGUCAGACAUUUCUUUUAGCGUGGCUGACACAGAGGUGACGUCAAGCAUAUCCAUAAAUUCCUCUGAUGUUUCAGACAGCAGCCCAGUGGAGAGUCUUGGAGCCUCUAGCGCCCAGGCUCAGCCAGCUACCGAGAAGGUCAGCCUUUUGCAAGAAUACUCCAAGUUUCUCCAGCAAGCACUGGAGAGGACCAGCCAGAACGACAGCUACCUGACCAGCCAGAGCCUCAGCUUGGUCUCAGAAAACCCCACAUUAGCUGGACAACCUCUGUUCUCCACAGAGAAACAGUUUCCUUCCCCCAGCAGGUUCAAAUCAGGGAUGAGCUCUCCGCUAAGAUCCACUUUAGAGAAACCUCACUUUGGAUUACUGGUCGGGGACUCCCAGCAUUCGUUUUCAUUUUCAGGUGAUGAGACCACCCCUCCCUCUGCAGUGUCCCCAGCUGAGGAGGACUUUCUGGAGCAGGUCUCGCCCUCCAAAAAGACAGACUCUUCACAGGGAAUACUUCAGACUUUUCAAAUAAGCUCCUUCGAUCAGAACUUCAAAUCUCAUUUCCAGACAACAAGAUCUGGAUCCUCCUCACAGUUUACUGUUGCCAACGGACAAGUAAGUCUUCGGGGACACAGCACAGACUUCUCAGAGUUUCCCUUAGUCAGAGUCACUGAGACCAGGUCUCAACUGAACUCCUCUCCUGAUGUUUCACCCAGUGAAACCUUUGGCUAAAGGGGUCAGAAUUCAUUUCUGUUAAUAAUUUCAGCUGCACUUUAUCUCAUGUCUCCUGUUUUGCCAAAACAAGCCCCUUUGCAAAUACAUGCUCUUUCUCAAGGCUUUUUGUUAUGAAAACAUAUUCAUAUUCUGUUUUUUGUUUAACCUAACAGAGUGGAAAUACUGAAAAUUGAUAAAUCAUAAUUAGCACUUCCCCUUUAAAAAUAAAUUGUAAAUGUGCAUGGGUAUAUUUCUUCCUCCAGAAUGUACCUUAAGAGAUUAGGUAAAUUAAGAGAUUAGGUGACCAAAGUGUAAAGCAAGAGGUAGAGUGAAAUGUUUCUCAUACCAUUGCCAUAGAGUUUAUUUUGAAUGUUUUUGUCAAUCAGCUUGCCUUGCUCAAAAGAAGAUUAAAUCACUCCUGCUGCUUAAUGCAAUAUUUCCACUUACUAUAAUGUAGGCCCUAUUUAUGUAUGCCUUUUUGCUCUUUCUGUAGCUACCUCCCCGUGCUGUUCAUCUGGGUAAAUGUAAGUUCACUCUUGGGACCUUUUUUCCCCCAGCUGUUAGAUCAUAACUGAUUCUUCACUAUAUGUUGAAGUCACUUUAAUUUCACCUAAAAUUGGUGUUUGUACAGGAUUUGUGAAAUGAAUGUUACAGGAAAGAUUUAACUGAUUGUGAUUGUCUAAUCUGGAAUCUAGUUUAUUUUGUAUUCACACCUUGGCCCUAAUUUGGUCGUUGUGAUGGUCAAAAAGUUUAGAAGUUCUUAUUGGUAAAUUGUGUGGGGUCAUGUAUUCUCUUCAUGGCUGGAUUUCUUGACUGAUUUUACAGUUGUAACUCUAGUGCAGUAUAGACUUUGUAAUAAAAAGACUGGCCUGUAUAAUCUAAAAGAUUAAAAAUUUCUCUCCCCCCAAAAGAUUUGGGUAUCAAAGAGCUGCACGCAUGUAAUGACUGCAGGAUAAUUCUUAUUUUCUUCUAGUAGUAUAAGGGAGUUGUAAUGAAAUUACAAGAUUGUGCAUAAUGAUUGCACAACUUGCACAUUCUUCACUACAGGGAAUGUAGUACUUAACUGUCAUGGUGGAUGAGUUGCAUAAUACUUUGACUUAAAAGGCAACUUUUUCUUAAAUGACAUUUCUGACACUGACCACUUAGCGAAAACUCUUGUGUAAGACUUGAGUUGUAUGAAAUUACAGAUGAUCCUUUUUGCCUCACAGUUUGAUUGUUGUUCUUCAUCGAGCAUGCACAGGUUUUUAGGGGCACAACCAUGUGAUUAGAAUCUUUUGUAUUCAUUGAAGGUCAAAGUUUUGUUAAGGCUGUAUUAUCAAAUCGACAGUCCAUGUGGAAAUAAGGUGCUUGGUUUUCCAGUUGAAUUCAUUUUACAUCUGUGCCUUUCUUUCUUUCUUCCUCUUUUUUAAUUCCAGCCUUUCCUAUAUUCAUUCCUUUAAACACAUUUCUCUUUUACUCAGUCAAUGCUCUAAGGCUACUAAUUCAACUUGCACAAUAACAGAAAAGACAUAAGCUAUCAACCCAUUCAGUCUGUAAUAUGUUGGAUCUGGGAGCUUCUUCUAAUUUUGUCCACCAUAUUUAAAUUAUUUUAGAAUUGUAGCAAAGAAUAGCACCAAGUUUAACUCUCAAACUAUUAUCUGUCACAUUUUCAUGUUAUCAUACAGCAGUAUGUCUAUAUGGGUACAGAAUCAUGUUUUAGAUAUUUGUAGUUUUGAUAACGAUCACCUAUUUGCUAGAAUUCAGUAGUAAACCAUAUCUGUCUAGGCCUUGUUGAAACCAUGUGGUUUUAAAUGGUUGGGUGAGGUCUGUUGUGUGCUGUCAACUGUUUUCUGUGUGUACAUGUAUGUCUAUCGUCUUAGGUGCUAUCGUGUUGAACACUGUUUUUAUCUAGCAGCAUCAAAUUUAGGUUUGCUCUCCCAAAGCUCCCACCUUGUUACAUUUCUUCUGACAAUCAGGGACAGACAGCACCCACAUUAAUCAUCAAAUACUUUAUUUUCCUCAUUGAACAUUCCCCGUAGAAUGUAUAGACAACAUACUGCUGUAAAUACAUUGUAUAUUUUUAUGUUCUGAGAAGUACUGUUAGAUCUUUGUGUCAAUAGAGAGACAAGGCUUGUGCAAGAGACACUUUUUGUCAGUGGAGGGCACAUUUAUUAGUUUUCCAGCAUUUAUCAGAUUCAACAGUGAAUCCUUUUCACUUGCUGAAAGGAUGUGGGUUUCUGAGGUUUGUAUAUAUUACCACUGUUAUCACAGGAAAAUUGACACCUUUUUACAGUUUUAUCAGAUUGGUUAAAGUGUUUUUUUUUUUUUUCGUUAACACAUUUGAUUGUGCAUUAUGAUGGGUUUUACUUUAUGCACCUGAAAUCGAGUUUAAAGUAAUACUGCUACCUGAAAUCAGUCUUUCUCUAUCAAGUAUUUAACCUCAGCAGCUGUGAGCAGCUUGAAGUCAUGUCAGCUCAAAUAGAUCUUUGGUGGACUAUUGCAUAAAAGUAAUCUCUCUGUGGUUGAAAUAUUCCUCUUUACCCAUUUCACUGUACGCAGUUUUUAAAGCACAGUGCAGAUGAAUAAUUCUGCUUUGGUAAACUGUAUCCCACAAGCUGUUCAUGGAGAGUUAGAAUUGAGUUAAGCAAUUUAAAAUACAGAACUUGAUGGAGAUUCAUGGAUUAAAAGAGCAGUAAUAUGGUUUUUUUUUUUUCCUUUUAAUUAACUAUUGUCAGUAACCUGGCCAUAAGUGUCCUUGUAUAAGCUAGAGGAAAAAAAAUGUGUAAAAAGAUCUGAAUUAUGAAUUUUUUGAUAAAAACUAUUUUUGAAACAUGUCAUUUAAGGCACUGAUAUGUACAGUAUAUCAUGCAGUCACUAUUGCUACCCUCAUUUAUCUCUGUACAAGUUGUUUGUGUCAAGAUGUUUCAAAUACGGACGGGAAUCUCCAUCCUGAGUGUGAACUUUGGCAUUUUCAUACUUUUAAUGACCUUGACAAGGAAGCCUCACCGCUUCACUGUGGGGUGGGUGGGUGGGUGAUCUUCAGUUAGACAGUAAGGUUUAUUUGCAUGGUCUUUAACUUGUUGGGUCAAGUGAACUUGUUUUAUGAAUAAUGUGCAGCUUUAAUUGUAGCUGAUUAAUUUCAGUCAAGUAACCCAUAUGAUUAGAUUUUUGCAAUAUAAUUUGUAAACAAUCAGAUUAAAUUGUUGUUUUGAUUGUUGUGUGUCAUGUCCUUAUAAAUAAAAUAAUUCACAGUAUGUAA